CGAGGCCCGAGACCAGACAACCCACCUCACCUCACCUCUCCACCCAUCUCGGCGUCGUCGUCGUCAUCUCCGCCGCUCCACCAAUCCCCCUUCCGCUAGUGUGCUACACAUCACUGCUGCUCCCCUCCACCCCAACCCCACCACGUCAGUGGAGACCCCCCCGAUCGCCGCCACCUCGCCGCGCCCGGCGAUGCUCGCCUCCUCCGCCUCCGGCCAAAUGGCGGCGCUCUGCUCCCCCUCGCCGACGCUCCCCACCGCCUCCCUCCUCCUCCUGCGUCGCCGCCGCCUCCGCCUCCUCCACCCACCGCCUUCCGCCGCCGCGCUGCUGCUCCUCCUCCCCGCCCGCCGCCGGGGCCGCCACCACCACCGCCGAGGUGGGGUCCUCCGGUGCGACGCCGCCGCGGCGUCCCCCUCCGCGGGUUCCACGCUAGAAAACCCAGUUCGCAGAAAGUGCUCACCAUUACUUGAGAGUGCUCUAUUACCUGGUGGAAAUGGUUUGACUACGCAUGAUUGGAUGGCUGUUCCAGACAUUUGGAGGACAGCAGCAGAAAAAUAUGCUGACCGUGUAGCUUUGGUAGAUCCUUACCAUGAACCUCCUUCAGAAUUGACUUAUAAGCAGCUUGAACAAGAAAUAUUGGAUUUUUCUCAAGGUCUAAGGGCCAUUGGAGUUGCUCCAGAUGAAAAGAUAGCCCUUUUUGCUGAUAACUCAUGCCGAUGGCUAGUUGCAGAUCAAGGAAUCAUGGCUACUGGUGCUAUAAAUGUUGUUAGAGGAACAAGAUCUUCUGAUGAAGAAUUAUUUCAAAUUUACACUCAUUCAGAAAGCAUUGCACUUGUUGUGGACAGUCCUCAAUUCUUUAACCGGCUUGCAGAAUCUUUUAUUUCGAGGAUUAACGCAAGAUUUAUUGUGCUACUUUGGGGUGAGAAAUCGUGCCUAAACAGUGAAGUUGUGAAUGGAAUACCACUUUAUGACUUCAAGGAUAUCACUCAACUCGGACGAGAAAGCCGUAAUACAUUGCGUCACUCUCAUGAACAAGGUCAGCAGGUCGUCUUUGAAACUAUUACUCCAGAUGAUGUUGCUACACUAAUAUAUACCAGUGGAACGAGUGGAACACCAAAAGGAGUGAUGCUUACCCACCGAAACCUCUUGCAUCAGAUUAAAAAUUUGUGGGAUUUUGUACCAGCAGUACCUGGUGAUAGGUUCCUAAGCAUGCUUCCACCAUGGCAUGCAUAUGAGCGUGCUAGCGAGUACUUCAUCUUCACUUAUGGAAUUCAACAAGUUUACACGACUGUCAAGUACCUGAAGGAAGAUUUGCAACGAUACCAACCUCAAUACAUAGUAUCAGUUCCACUGGUCUAUGAGAUUCUCUACAGCUCAAUUCAGAGACAGAUAUCUUCCAGUUCAACUGCUCGGAAAUUUGUUGCUCUUGCACUUAUUAAGAUAAGUUUGCUAUAUAUGGAGGCAAAGAGGAUAUACGAGGGAACAGUCCUAUCGAACAAUCCCGUCAAACCAUCCUUUAUUGUGUAUAUGGUCAAUUGGCUAUCUGCAAGAAUUGUUGCUGCACUUCUGUGGCCUUUGCAUAAUCUGGCAAAGACGUUAGUCUACAAGAAAAUCCAUUCUGCAAUUGGGAUUUCAAAGGCUGGCAUUAGUGGUGGUGGAAGUCUCCCGAUGCAUGUUGACAAAUUUUUUGAGGCCAUCGGUGUCAAAGUGCAAAAUGGCUAUGGUCUAACAGAGACAUCCCCUGUUGUAGCUGCUAGACGGCCAUUCUGUAACGUUCUUGGCACAGUUGGCCACCCAGUAAAGCACACGGAAAUCAAGGUUGUGGAUAUGGAGACUGGUGAGGUUCUUCCAGAUGGUUCAAAGGGGGUUGUGAAAGUCAGAGGACCCCAAGUGAUGAAGGGAUAUUACAAGAAUCCGUCAGCUACAAAUAAAGUUUUGGAUCAAGAAGGUUGGUUUGACACAGGGGAUAUUGGUUGGAUUGCACCUCACUGUCCAACAGGGCCAAGUCGGAAGUGUGGAGGGAUGCUUGUUCUUGAAGGGCGUGCAAAAGAUACAAUAGUUCUCACAACAGGUGAAAAUGUUGAACCUGCUGAGAUUGAGGAAGCAGCCAGCAGGAGUGACUUGAUUAAUCAGAUAGUUGUUGUUGGCCAGGACAAGCGGCGAAUUGGUGCUCUUAUCGUUCCCAACUAUGAUGAAGUUCUAGCAACAGCUAAAAGGAAGUCCAUUCUUGAUGGGAAUAACGAACUAGCCAAAGAUAAGGUUUUGAACUUGCUAUAUGAUGAGCUGAGAACUUGGAUGGUGGAUUGUUCCUUCCAAAUUGGCCCGAUUCUAAUUGUCGAUGAACCAUUUACGGUGGAUAAUGGUUUGCUAACACCCACUUUGAAAUUACGGAGGGACAAAGUGACUGCCAAAUAUCAUAGAGAGAUUGAUGCGUUGUACAAGUGAUGUGGAGUGAGCAUGAGUACAUACAGACAGUAGUUUGCAUUUUCUUUGCCUUGGAAGACAUCUCUUGAGUAGACAGUAGCUAGAACAUACAAUAAUGCAACCAUUUUAAAAUUUUUUUGGAGUGAAAUGGAAUAAGGUUGCUGAUUCAGUAUGUAUAAGCAUUAUUUCUCCUCCAUAUCGAUGUGAUCUCACCACAAUAUAUGCAUCGGGAGGGACAAUUUGUGGACGAUGCACUGUGUUACUGUGACUGAAUUUCGUAGAACCGAAUUUACUACA